AUGGAUCCACCUAGAUAUAAUCAGGUAUUAGAUUUUAUUGCUAUUCUUGAGCAAUCUGAUCCCGCUGCUUUUCAAAGUUAUAAUUAUUCUACUCAAAAGGAAUACCCUUCAAUUCAACGAGACAAAAUCACUGACAUCAACUCCAAAGGUUUACCAACAAUUGCUGAUGUUGUAGCCCAUUUGAAAUUAUUGAAAGCUUUUGGUGCAUUGAAGGCAAAAGUUCUUGGUACUUCCAAAGUAAUCAAAGACCUUGAACCGGCUCAACACAAAUACUGGCAAGUGUUUCUUACCAAUGCAGUUAGACGAUUUAUUAUAUUUGUUUCGGCAUUGAGGAAGUAUUCUUGUGAUACAGUGUCGACUGUUGUCAGAGAAGAUACUUUUUUUAAGGUCAUAAAGAAUAAAAAGUUCGAAAGUAUGAUGAGUCAGAUCAUGCCUCCUUUGGAUGUGAUUAUGGUAUGGCACGCAUUUUUAUUGAAUCCAAAAACCUUUUACGAUUCAUUUACCAGAACUGAUUUUAUUGUGUUUGCCAARUAUCCAUUACCGUUGGAUAGAAUCCAUGGCUGUAUUGACAAUACUACUUUUGAAUUUAAUGUACCAGAGAUUUAUCGAGAAAACUAUUCAAAGUUUGUUGCAAUCUUUCACCAAUGA